GUUUGGGAUCAGUGGCUGGCACAAUUAACAUUCAAGCAUAAGUUACAACAGAUGGACCACGUAGCCCUCCAGUUCUGGGCAGAUAGUCUUAUGACCAAGACUUGGAGAGUGUGGACUUCUGCUUGUUCAGUUAAAACUGAAGAGAAGGAAAAGAUCAGAGUUGCCUCAAGAUUUUAUGACAGAACAUUAUUGCUGAGAGUGUGGAGAGGUCUAAAACACUACAGAUCAGUCAAAAAACUGAAACAGCUGCGACAUGACGCUGGUAGAAGACACUUCUCAUCUGUAUUGCUGAAAAGGUCAUUUGACAUUUGGGUAACAAGAUGGCAGAGACAAGUAGAGCUUUCUCAAUUUGAUGACUUGAUUAGUUACAAAGGGGAUGUGGCUGUUGCAAGGAGAGCUUUUGUUAACUGGAAAUACUGUAUCCUCGCCCUCACUUUGAUCUUUAACCAAGAGUCAACAAUAUCUCUUUCAGAACGGUAAUAAGAGUAAAGAGAUAAGACAGUUAGGGCUGUGUUCUUAACAUUAGUUAUCGCAGCAUGGAUGCUCAAACCCGGACUACUUG